AUAAACGUCAGGUGAACAGCACAAGCUGGCAGACGGUAUCACAGCCUACACAGAGCGGACGCGUGUCAUAAUUGAGCUCACUUUAGAAAACAUGUUUGUGGAGGAGGAUAAUAGGAGAGCCUGAAAUCAAGCGGACAGAACCUUUCGCUGUCAAACACAAUCUCACCAGAGAUGGAGUUCCGGGAGAAGCUACUAAAGGUGGACCAGGUCCUGAACAGCGAUGACACAAAAGCUUUGGCCUUUCUCUGCAAAGAUAUCCUGAAAUGUGAUAUAAGCUCAGUGAAGUCCCCCAUUGACCUCUUCAAACUUCUGGAGGAAAAAGACGACCUCUCUGAGGAUCAGCCAUACCUACUCGCCGAUCUACUACGUGUCAUCGAACACUUUCAGUUACUGCGUGAGCUUGAUCUCAAUAGUACGAUGUCUACUACAGUAAACCCUAUCACCCCUUACAGGAAGCUGCUUUAUGAACUUUCGAAAGACAUCGGCCAAAAAGAAUUGAAAAAAAUCAAAUUUCUUUUGACCAAGGACCUCAAACGUUCAGCACGGGAGCUGAAUGUUUCUACACUUGAAGUCUUCUUAGAAAUGGAGCGCAUGGACCUUCUGAGCAGCUCUAACCUCCUCCGGCUGGAGCAGAUACUAAAAGACGUCCGUCCAGUGUUGUGGAAACAAAUCCUACAAUUUAAGGACUCACAAGGAAAAAUAGCCCAAGAGACAGGACUUGUGGACCUCCGACCAAGGUCCUCAUCGGAUGCCUCUCGCCGUGGAAAGGAUCAGACGGACGUGGAUCCCCCGCCAUACCCCAUGAAGGCUCAACAGAGAGGCGUCUGCUGGAUCGUCAACAACUUUGACUUCAGCCGCUCCUCUGGAAAACACAAGAAUCGGGAGGGCACAGACAUUGAUGAAGGGAGGCUGAGUCUUGUGUUCAGCUGGUUGGGCUUCGAGGUGGAGGAGGUGAAGGACGCCACCAGAGAUAAGAUGCUCUCCUCCAUGCGGGAGCUGGCCAGCAGGGACCACAGUGGGAUGGACUGCGUCGCUUGCAUCGUCCUGAGCCACGGCCUGAAGGGCGGCGUGUACGGGGUGGACGGGAAGGUGGUCCGGCUGGAGGAGCUCACAGACCUUCUGCAUGGGUUGCGGUGCGCCUCCCUGAGAGGGAAGCCCAAGCUGUUCUUCAUCCAGGCCUGCCAGGGCAACCAGAGGGAGCAGGCGGUCCCCGUCCCGGCCGACAGACCCGUCAACCCUAAGGUCCACGACCAAACUGACGGACCCAGCAGCCCUGGGGUCAACAUCCAGACCGACGGACCCAGCAGCCCUGGUGAUAUCUGCAGCGACGUCGUGGUCGCGAGUGAGUUGCUACCCAGCACGGCAGAUUUCCUAACCGCCAUGGCUACCACUCCCUCCCAUGUCUCUGUGAGAUUGGAGGAUAAAGGCUCCUGGUUCAUCCAGUCCUUGUGCAAGAACCUUGUGCAGUUGGUUCCACAGGGCCAAGACUUAGUCAGUAUCCUGACGAAGGUGAACGAUGAUGUGAGCCAGAUGUUCAAACGCAUCGGCGGAUGUCGACAGAUGCCCCAACAUUCCUCCUCUCUGCGGAUGCGUGUGGUCUUCCCCGUCCCUGAAGGCCGUUUCAUCCACAAAGUCACUUUCGAUGAUUUUUUAGGCGAAGAAUCAACUGUGUAGAUUUCGAACAUUAGCGGUUUUCUGGGAAAUGCUGGCGAAUCGAAAAUGUGUGCUAACGUUUUGGCGUCCAGAAGCUCCAUAAGCGCCUGCGGGGCAACUGUCAAAUGCGACCGACUGGGAACAUGCAACCACUUGCUUGUGACCUAAGAGAAUGUUCUUUGCAUUCUUGGUAAUGUUUUACCUGCACAUAUUAUGUAUGUAAAAGUAAACCGUAUGUAUUUAUGUAUGUGUGUUUGUAAGUAUGAAUGUAUGUAUGUAGGUAUGGAUGAAUGUAUGUAUGUAUGUAUCCAUGUAUGUAUAUAUGUUAUAUGUACGUCAAUUAUUGAAUCCGGAAGUAAAAAUACCAUUCAUAUUCUGCAUAGAUGUUUUUGAUUAUUAGCCAUUAUGUCGUAACCAUCCAAGAUAAACUUUCCACGAGCCAAGAGAUUGUGAAAAGAUGGUAUGCUCCUGUAGAAGCCACAAGUUAGAGAAAAGUUUCAGGAAAAAUAUGUUUUAUUCGCGAUGUCAUUGAAAAACACUACACUACCCACAAUCCUAAAAUGUAACACGACGUAUUCGAUUUUUUGGAGCUCGCUGUUAUCAUGGAAACGGUUAGCGCUGGCGCCAAAGCCAAGCCAUUGAUUACUGCUACGGCUGAACUCGACCGUUUACCACAGAGCCGCCACUUCCCUUUCUGACAAUGAGGCGUUCUUUUUAGAGAUGAGGACAAGAUUGUCCAAAAGGGUUAAAAUCCCUGCACACAAGUCAGGCCAUGUACUGGAGAUAGUGUAUGUGAGGGCCAGCUUUUGGGUUCAGUAUGAAAGAGAUUUUUGCAGAGAUGAGUUGUACUAAUCAUGUCUUUUUCACGCUGCAGGUAAUAUCGAAAAAAUAAAAAAAUGACAUAGCAGUGCUAUAUAGUUAUUAUCUGGGUAGGAUGAAGGCUAGGAAUUAGUGCUGUCAGUUAAACGCGUUAUUAACGGCGUUAACGCAAACCAAAUUUAACGGCGUUUAGUUUUUUAUCGCGCGAUUAACGCAAUUUUUUUAUUUAAUUAU